CUUACCAUCUAAAACAGGUUUACUCAAAAUACCGAGCCUGAAACAGUCAAUAACUGUAAAAGAACACCAAAAACUAGGCUAUUUAAAACUAAGGUUUUUAAAAAGAGAUUGAAAGACGGAAUUCAGUCAUCAGACAAGUCAAGUCGGUUGCUGUUUCUACUGCUUUAGAAAGGGGAAUCCACUUUGUAAAGUCCGCACAGUUCUGUACUCUUGUGGAUAAGGUUGGUUUCCAUAAUUACAGAAGAAAAAGAAGACUUUGUGUUUGAAGCAAGAAAGAUUUGAUGUGAUAUGACAGGACCUGGUACACCUGUAGAUAUAUAUUUAUAUUUACCUGUUAUUAUAUGACCCAGAUCUUCUAUAGGAUGUUCUUCAGAUCAGUAAUAUCGGUAAUUAUUGUGGUCACAGCCAUAGUGGAGCUAGCUAUAGCCUGUGGCAAAUAUGAGUAUGUGACAAAUGCUGAAACUUGUCUACCAUGUCGUAUCUGUCCUGUUAAUAUACAUAAUGCACAGGAUCGGGUUAUCAGCGAUUGCCCUGUGUCUUCGCCGUCAUGGUUACCUGGAAAAUUUAUUGGGUGUAGUGGACCACAUGAUCCUCUUCCGUGGUGUGAGCUGUGGUCUGAUGAGCAUGGUAAUGUGACGUGUCUGUAUGGUAACAUGACUGUUGGCAGUAAUUGUACAUUACAAUGUACCAACGGUUAUGCAGUAGAUGUUGACUAUACAUGGUCACAGUGUACUGGUAAUUUGACAUGGUUUCCAACAACAAAACCUGCCUGUAGGCCAAUACCCAGCAGGAACAAUCACACAACGAAUGGCUACACUAAGGAAAAUGUAUUUAAUAUUACAGAGAUAGGUUCUGCAGAAGAAGUACUGGUAACAGAUGCUAAACCCAGAGAUGAUUAUAUAAUAAUAGGUGGUAGUGUAGGCUCUGCAAUAUUCAUAAUUCUUGUAUUUUCAGUAAUCCUAUGGAAAAGGUUUAAAAUAAAGGAAAAAAUAUGCAAUUCUCAUCCAGCUCCAACGCCAUCAGUGGUAGAAUCUGCACCUGAUCCAAACUAUGGUGAUGGAACUGUGCUUCUUAGCACACAAAUGAACGGAGUUGUUAAUGAUGCCAAUAUGUUUGUUCUAGAAGAACCUGCAGCACCAGAGAUCACUGAAGAGAAUGCGGACGAAAGACAACUGAUAAAAGUUUAUGAAAAUAGAAUAGUUAUGGAAAGAUUAGUAGACUAUCUUGAACGAAGUGAACAGAAGUAUAGAGUGACAUGGCAUGUUAUUGGUAGAGAAAUCUUACACUUGCCGCCUCAUGUCAUCAACAGACUGGAGUAUCACAGAAGAGGAGAUAACACCAAUGGCCCUUUCAAUGCUAUUAUGGAACUGAUGAAAGGACAUGGAGUGAAAUUAAAACAAAUUUUAGACUUUCUGUACGAAUUCAAAAGAAAUGUUCCACAAUCACAAGAAGUUGACAAUCAUGAUAUAAACGAUAUCAUUGACCUGUUAAAUGAGUUUGUAAAAAGUUACCAAAAAUUAGAAUAAUGCUCAGAUAUAAUGAUUACACAAAUGAAAUAAAAAGGGGUUUAACUUGUCACGUUUUUGCAUCAUCCAGUGACUAAUGAAGAGGAGCAUAAUCAUUUAACCUUUUCUUUUAUUCUGAUCUCAUACACCGUUCAGUGUGACAUUUUGCUUGGACAACUUUUACUCUUUCUUUGAAUUCUAACUGCCAAGGGUUCUUUUUCGUGUACGCCAAACAUGAUCUGGCUUCUGUAUCCCAUCUAUAGUAAAGUAGAAGGGUUAGCUGUAUAUUUUUAGGGAAGGUUAAAAGGGUUAAUUGUAUAUUUUUAGGGAAGGUUAAAAAAGGUUAAUUGUAAGUUUAAAAAGAUUAAUUUUAUAUUUUUAGGGAAAUGAAAUGAAAUAAAAUGGGGUUUAACAUCCUAGCUAGCUACUGUUCUGCUCCAAAUGGGCUAAUGAAGACAGUAUUUUUAGGGAAGGUUGGAAGGGUUUAUUGUGUAUAAUAAUGGAAGGUUUAAAGGGUUGAUUGUAUAUUUUUAGAGAAAGUUAAAGGGUAAAUUGUAUAUUUGAAGGGUUAAUUGUAUAUUUUUAGGGAAGGUUAUAAGGGUUACCGGUAAUUGUAUAUUUUUAGGGGUAAAAAUGAUUAAAAUUUGAUACAUUGUAUAUUUAUAUACGGUUUUUGAAUGGUUUUAAUUGUACAUUAUUUUACAUUCUUUCAUUCUGUAUUUUAAAAGUCAUUUGUUGAUUUACAAAUUAGUCUCUGAAGUUGUUGAAUAUCCAAAUGGAAUAUCAGUCGAAAAAUGGCUCAAUUCCGAUCAGUAUUAAAAUACAUAUGAUGGAUUAAAAAUUUGCCAUCCACAGAGCGCAAACAACUUGUACGUUCUGGUUAAAACCAAUCAGCGCCACCUGUAAUCUUUGCUGAAAUCUUUUGAUGGACCUCUUUUUUAUUUGGCUUGAAUCCAAGUCCGGAUGUUUAGAUUGUGUUUUCUUAUUUAAAUGUUAAAUGACCAAGUCGUGAAAAAUGGGAUGUUGCCAGAAAAUUGCAAAAGACGAUGUGCGGCUUUAGGUAAAGCCUUUAUUAAUUGCCAUUAUUAAGAGACUAGGGAUUGUAUGUACAGAACAAAUUAACGCAUGAUUUUAAGAUACUUUUUUGUUUAUGAUUUACCAUUUGUCUUUCUAGCAUACCAUUGUUCUGUUAUGUAGAUAAAUUGUUGUUGGCGACCUUCAACGAAUAAUGGAUUCGAAGGUUGCAUAUUACCCCUUGUUUUCCCAAGGGUUACUAGUCUAUACAGAGAGCACUCUGAUUAACCCAAAUUAACAUUAACAGCCUAUAAUUUAAAAAACAUUAUAGCUUUAGACAUCUUUAAAUGUUGUUCAGUUUAAAGAUGCAUUAUGUAGGAUUUAGAUAAAGAGCUGACAGUUCUCGCUAUAAUAGUUAAAAAAUAGAUAAUGAAAAGGGAAUAUCAUUUGAGGUCAAAAUAAAGACCUGCAAUAAGUAGAUUUAGCUCUUACAUAAUGCAUCUAUUACUGUUGAUGUGUAUAUCUUUAAAAUUACUAACCCUGAUCAACAUGUUGGAAUACAAAUUGUUGGUAUACCUUUAAUUCGACAAUUGCUCAAAUAUGCUCUUGUAUAUUCUUGUAUAAAUAACUUUAAUGUUCUUGUAUGGAAUGUGUUUAAAUAACACCAAUGUUCUUGUAUGGAAAGUGUUUAAAUAACAUUGUUAUUGUAUGAAAAGUGUUUAUAUAUGGUUAAUGUUACUGUAUGAAGAGAUUUUAUGCGAUGAAUUGUUGUGCCAUAUAUUUUAUUUGGUAAACUGUAUGUCAUAUUUUAUAAAUAUGAUAAAUUGUUAUGACAUAUUUAUAUGAUAAAUUGUCAUGAUAUAUGAUAAAUGAUCAUGACAUUUAUAUGAUAAAUGGUAAUGUCAUAUAUAUUUAUAUGAUAAAUGGUCAUGGCAUAUAUUUAUGUGAUAAAUGGUCAUGACAUAUAUAUUUAUAUGAUAAAUGAUCAUGACAUGUCAAAUUUUAUAUGAUAAAUUGUCAUGUCAUUAUUUUAAAUGAUAUAUUGUCAUGACAUAUUUUUGCUUUGGUAUUUGCUGCUAGAAAGGAUGCCAUAUUGGUGUUUGUAUUUUUUUUAAACCAGGAACUGAUCGCUAACUCCUACUCAUCUGCUUGUUGUCUGUUUGACAUGAAAAUUGGCAUGCUUCUUCUUUGGUGAAUUAGAUUUUAGAAUUUCAUCCAUCAACAUUGUCAGUUCCUGGUCCAUAGAUCGUAAUUAUUUCAUAUUAUUUCUUUUCUUUAUCCCGUUACCGUCCAUUUAAAAGUUUAAUUUCAUAGAUUUGAAUGUUAUAAAAUGUAAUAUCUCAAUGGGUGCAGGAAUGAUGAAGGGAGGAACAUUCAAAGACUCUAGAUUCAAAAAUUUCUCCGGUGGGGUGGGGGAUGCAUGCCCCCCGACCCCACUUAAAAGCUUGCACCUGUGUCACUCAUAUUAGGGGCCUGUGCAUCAAUCGGUCUCAUUUUUGCCCCCCCAUCCAAACAAAAUCACUAUGUACCGCUGGGAAACACUAUUCUUCGAACCCAGUUCAUGUAAAUUAUGCUCUAAUUAUAGAAAUAAAUUAAAAAAAUACCCCAGUGCUGUUCAUACACCUUGACCUAAUUUCACUGGAGCUAUAUCCAUCACAUUUAUCUCCCUGCUGUGGCAAAUAUCCUGAUGCCAUCUAUGCAAUCCAUUUUAACUCCCUGCUUUAUUAAAUAUCCUUGAAAGCUAUACAAUCAGUUUUAACUCCCUGCUGUAGCAGAUAUCUUGACACCAUCCAUGGAAGCUAAGCAAUUAAUUUUAACUCCCUGCUGUAGCAAAUAUGCUGAGGCGACGUCUUUAAAAAAAAAACUAUUCAAUUAGUGUUAACUUCCUGUUGUAGAUAAUAUCUUUAUCCUCCUAUGUGGCCUACCGCCUAUUUUUUAUUCUGCUGUAGCACUUCUUGAUAUUUCACAGUACCGUAAACUGGGGCUAUUUUGAAACCGGGGGGAACUUUGAACAUUUUUUGAUAAAUGAUUUAACUGAAAAUUGCCAAAAACAAAUUGGAAAGACAUUAAAAAAAAUUUUUAGCAACUAACUUAUGACCUUUUUGUGAUUUAUUUUUGUGGUCAUUGUGAAGUUACCUUUCUUUUGUUGGUCCGCACAAAAAAUGAACAUGGUGGAUUGAGAAAGGGUUGAUUUUGAGUCUCUGGGAACUUCUUGUAGGUUUGAUAUGAAUGAUUAACUUCACUAUCUACAAAUGUUUUCUCUGUGUCGCAAGUAUAUUCAUGGUCUAAAAUAUAUAUUUUAUUUAAUCUUAAUUCAAAAAGUAUUCCAAAAAAUCUAACUUUUCCAAUUUGAUCAUCAUUGAACAUGUGUUGUGGGGUAACUUUGAACAGUUCAUACUAAGCCCAUAGGGUGUUCAAAGAAACCCUACAAAACAUGUUACUGGGUUCAUAUUAUAAAAUAUGUGUUAAUUUUGAAUCAUAAUAGUAACUUUUUGUUGACCUUCAGUAACACUAUAUCAGGGAUUUUGUUCCCGACAUUAUGAAGUUUGUUUUUGAUGUUUUAAAGUUUUUGAUGUUUUCGAAUUUAAUAUUUUCAAAUUUUUAACCACAUUUUUAUCAUGAAAGAAACAUGUUCAUUAUUUUGUUUAUCAUAGCAUUAGUUAGCAUUAUUUUUUAAAAGGCCAAAAAGUGUCCUCAGUGAAGAUGCUUUUUUAAAGAUGUGUUUAUUUCUGUUGCAGAAGUCUUAUAAUUUUGAUAUGUUCAAAGCGUUAUGUAUCAUUGAACAGCCAUAGUUUUAAAAAAAUACAUAUUUUAAGAUGGUUAUUUCAAUUUGUUUAACAGUGCAUGUUGUAGCCUUAUACCAAACCUGAUCACUGCACUUGAAAAGAAAACCAUAAUCGAAAUAAAUUUUUAUAUAUAAAAGAAAAUCUCCAAAGAAUGUACAAAGUAGCCCCAGUUUACGGUAACUUUCUUUAAUUAAAAAUAAAGUGUUUAUCUAUC